AUGUCAAAGCCAAAAGUACUUAUAAUUGGUUCUGGAGGUGUGGGGACCAUAUCAGCAUUAUCCUUAACCCACAAUAAUAAAUCAGAAGUAACGUUAAUUGUUAGAUCAGAUUAUGAUCUAAUUAACACACAAGGUUAUUCAAUAGAUUCAUGUACAUACGGUAAAUUAACAAAUUUCAAACCUCAUAAUAUUGCAAGAUCAGUCGAAGAUGCAGUAACUAGAUUUGGACCAUUUGAUUAUAUCUUAUUAACAACAAAAAACAUCCCAGAUGGUCCAAUAACCUGUGAAGAAAUAGUCGAACCAGCUUUAAAAACCGGGAAGGAAGUUAUAAUAUUGUUACAAAAUGGUAUAAAUAUUGAACAACCAAUGAUUGAAAAAUUUCCCCACAAUUUAAUUUUAUCCGGAGUUUCAUUAAUUGGAAGUACUUAUUAUAAUGGACAUGUUGAAAAUAAAGGAAUUGAUCAUGUGUUUCUAGGGGAUUUUAAGAAUCCUCCAAUACAUCCCGAAUCUCAAUCCAAAAUAGAUGAAUUUAUAUCAAUUUAUCAUAACGAAGGUUUGAACGAAAUAAAGCAAGACUUAGAUGUUCAAAAAACAAGAUGGGAGAAAUUAAUAUAUAACUCUGCAUUUAACACAGUUACCGCGUUAGUAAAUUUAGACGUUACUAGAAUACAAAUAAAUAAUGCAAACGAGGAGUUAAUAUUACCAGCAAUGAAAGAAGUAAUAGCAAUGCCAAAAGUGUUGGUGUACAAUGUAAUGAAGCCAUAG